AUGUCUCAAAAGUCCGCUAUUCUCUCCGUCUACGACAAGACUGGCCUGCUGGACCUGGCUAAGGGCCUGGCCAAGCAGAAUGUCCGGCUUCUUGCCUCGGGCGGUACGGCCAAGAUGAUUCGGGAGGCUGGGUUCCCUGUCGAGGAUGUCUCGGCCAUCACCCAUGCCCCCGAGAUGCUGGGCGGCCGUGUCAAGACCCUCCACCCGGCCGUCCACGGCGGCAUCCUCGCCCGUGAUAUCGAGUCCGACGAGAAGGACCUCGCAGAGCAGAAGAUCGCCAAGGUCGACUACGUCGUCUGCAACCUAUACCCGUUCAAGGAGACCGUCGCCGAGGUCAACGUGACCAUCGACGAGGCCGUGGAGGAGAUUGACAUCGGCGGGGUGACCCUGCUGCGCGCCGCGGCCAAGAAUCACAAGCGCGUCACCAUCCUCUCCGACCCGUCGGACUACCCCGAGUUCCUCAAGGAGCUCCAGACCGGCGAGAUCACCGCAGCCAGCCGCAAUCAGUACGCCCUCAAGGCCUUUGAGCAGACCGCCGACUACGACUCUGCCAUCUCGGCCUUCUUCCGCAAGGAAUAUGCCGGUAACGGUCUGCAGCAGCUGUCCCUGCGCUACGGCACAAACCCGCACCAGAAGCCCGCCUCCGCCUACAUGGUCCAGGGCAAGCUGCCCUUCAAGGUCCUCAACGGCGCUCCCGGUUAUGUCAACCUGCUGGAUGCCCUGAACGCCUGGCCUCUGGUCAAAGAGCUCAAGCAGGCGCUGGGCUUCCCCGCCGCCGCCAGCUUCAAGCACGUUUCCCCCGCCGGUGCUGCCAUCGGCGUGCCCCUGAACGAGAAGGAGCGCAAGGUGUACAUGGUGGAUGACAUCCCCGGCCUCGAGACCUCCGGUCUGGCGCAGGCGUACGCCCGUGCCCGCGGCGCCGACCGCAUGUCCAGCUUCGGCGAUAUUCUUGCCCUCAGCGACGUGGUCGACGUGCCCACCGCCAAGAUCAUCUCGCGCGAGGUGUCGGACGGUGUCAUUGCCGCGGGCUACGAGCCCGCCGCGCUAGAGAUCCUGUCCAAGAAGAAGGGCGGCAAGUACCUCGUCCUGCAGAUGGACGAGAGCUACACGCCAGCGCCCGAGGAAACCCGGACGCUGUUCGGCGUGACGAUGACACAGCACCGCAACGAUGUAGUCAUCUCCCCCAGCAAGACCUUCAGCACGAUCCUCACACCCAAGGACCUUCCUUCACUCCCCGAGGCCGCCCUCCGCGACCUCACCGUCGCCACCAUCGCCCUCAAGUAUACGCAGUCCAACUCGGUCUGCUACGCGCUCAAUGGCCAGAUCAUCGGCCUUGGUGCCGGCCAGCAGAGCCGUAUCCACUGCACCCGUCUCGCGGGCGACAAGGCCGACAACUGGUGGAUGCGCUUCCACGACCGCGUCUUGGGGAUUCAGUGGAAGCAGGGCACCAAGCGCGCUGAUAAGAGCAAUGCCAUCGACCUGCUUUGUUCCGGCGAGCUUCCUCGCAACGACGCCGAGAAGGCUGAGUAUGAGCGUGUCUUCGAGGAGGUCCCCGUUCCCUUUACCGCGGAGGAGCGCGAGGCUUGGCUGUCGAAGCUGAAUGAGGUCGCCGUCUCGUCUGAUGCCUUUUUCCCCUUCAUCGACAACGUCUUCCGCGCCGCCCGCUCCGGCGCAAAGUACAUCGCCGCCCCGAGUGGUAGCCAGAACGACGGCCCCGUCUUCGCCACGGCCGAGAAGCUGGGCAUCGUCUUCGUUGAGCAGGGAACCCGUCUGUUCCACCACUAG